AUGACGUCAGAUAUCGCUAAACGUCAGAGAACUGUUCCAUCAGCCAAAGCAUUUGAAUUUGUCUGGAAAAGACCGGUUCCUGAAGUUUUGCAGACUGGGGAGCAUUUUGAUCGAUAUGAUGAGGAAACGGGGAUUCUGGAACCAAACUGUUUCGUUCGAGUAGAUAAAGAUGGCUUUUUUAUAUACUGGCAAAGUGAAAACAAUGAUAGUCAGCAGCUUGAACUCUCUCAAAUAAGUGAUGUUCGUUCUGGGACAAAACCUAAGGAUGAAAAGUUGACUGCACAAAUUCAAGAAAAAUCUGGCAAAUCAUGGGAUCGUAUUGUGACAAUAUGCAGUGGUUUAGAUUUAGUAAAUAUUAACUACACUCAUAUGGUAGCUAAAGAUGCUGAAACCGCUUCUUUUUGGAUACAAUCUCUUCGUAGUUUAACGCAUAAUACCAAAGCGGCUAAUGUUUGCCCUAUGACUCAAUUAAGAAAACAUUGGCUACGACUUACACUAACUUUGAAUGCUCGUAAUCGAAUUCCUGUCCGUGUAAUUAUGAAAACCUUUGCCUCAGGUCGUAAUGAACGAAUUGUAUAUCAAAGUUUAAAAGAUUUAAAUUUACCUCAUGGAAAGAAUGAUGAUAUUGAUCCAAAUGAAUUCCCAUUUGAAAAAUUCUACGAAUUAUAUCAUAAAAUAUGUCCUCGUACAGAUAUUGAAGAUUUAUUUAAAUCUCUAUCAAAAGGCAAAAGUCACAUACAUGCAGAUAAAAUGAUAGAAUUUCUCAAUGAAACUCAACGUGACCCUCGCCUAAAUGAAAUUCUCUAUCCAUUUGCUAACAAACAAACUAUUAAGUAUAUUCAAGAAAAUUAUGAAACACAAGAAGAAUUCAAAAAUACUGAUGAGGUAUCCAUUGAAUGCUUUUAUCGUUAUUUAAUGUCUGAUGAUAAUGCAUGUGUAUUUUUGGACAAGUUAGAUAUUUAUCAAGAUAUGGAUCAACCACUCAGUCACUAUUAUAUUAAUUCAUCACAUAAUACGUAUUUGAUUGGACGACAAUUUGGUGGUAAAUCAUCUGUUGAAAUGUAUCGACAAGUAUUACUGGCUGGCUGUCGAUGUAUUGAAUUGGAUUGUUGGGAUGGUCGAGGCGAAGAUCAAGAACCAAUAAUCACACAUGGUAAAGCAAUGUGUACUGAUAUACUAUUUAAAGAUGUAAUUUAUGCAAUUAGAGAUACAGCAUUCGUAGCCAGCGACUGUCCAGUUAUCAUGUCUUUUGAAAAUCAUUGCAGCAAACAUCAACAGUAUAAGCUUGCGAAGUAUUGCGAAGAGAUACUUGGGGAUAUGUUACUUACUAAACCUUUGGAUAAUUAUGCGCUAGAACCUGGUGUUGCUCUACCUCCACCUGAAAAACUUAAAAGAAAAAUUCUUAUAAAGAACAAACGUUUAAAACCGGAAGCUGAAAAGCUAUUUCUAUAUGCAUCCAAACAAUUGGACUUAUUUUUAAAAGGUCAAACUGAUGCUAUUCAAGAAGAGAAUGAAGUCACUGAAGAUCCGGAUCUAACAAUUGAUAGAGAUGAUGGUGAUGGAUGCUCGGCAAAUAAAGCAAAUAAUGGAGAGUUCACAGCGACCACUACUACUACUGGCUCCGGCGGUGGGGGUGAAACUGUAAUAUCUCUGAAUGCAACACCUACCCCACAGUUGGUUAGUUGUACUUCCAGUGCUGAAUUGAAAAGACUACAGUUAAAGAAGGAGGAAGGAAAUUUAACAGCUGAAGAAGAACAAAUAAUGAUGGCUCAUUAUCAUUAUACUGGUGCAACAAGUAGUAUACACCCAUUAUUAUCAUCAUUUGUUAAUUAUGCACAACCUGUAAAAUUUCAAGGAUUUGAUGUCGCAGAAGCGAGUAAUAUUAGUCAUCAUAUGUCUUCAUUCAAUGAAAGUAUCGCAUUGGGCCUGAUCAAGAAACAUUGUAUUGCAUUUGUCAAUUAUAAUAAACGUCAGAUGAGUAGAAUUUAUCCUAGAGGAAAUCGUGUCGAUUCAAGCAAUUAUAUGCCACAAAUAUUUUGGAAUGCUGGAUGCCAAAUGGUUGCGUUGAAUUUCCAAACUCCUGACUUAGCCAUGCAGUUGAACCAAGGAAAGUUCGAAUACAAUGGUAAUUGUGGUUAUUUACUAAAACCGGAGUUUAUGCGACGUCCAGAACGUCAAUUUGAUCCAUUCUCUGAAUCUCCAAUGGAUGGUGUUAUUGCAGCUACAUGUGAAGUGAAAAUUAUAUCAGGACAAUUUUUAUCCGAUCGUAAAGUUGGCACAUAUGUCGAAGUUGAUAUGUAUGGUUUACCAACAGAUACAAUUCGUAAAGAAUUUCGGACUCGAGUUGUCCCUAAUAAUGGAUUAAAUCCAGUGUAUGGAGAUGAUGCUGUUUUUGUAUUUAGAAAAGUUGUUCUUCCAGAUCUUGCCGUAUUACGAUUUGCAGUUUAUGAAGAUACUGGAAAAUUAAUAGGUCAACGUGUUUUACCAUUGGAUGGUUUACAAGCUGGUUAUCGUCACAUAUCUUUACGUACUGAAGGCAAUUUCCCGCUUUCUUUACCUACUCUGUUUUGUCAAGUGUCACUUACAACAUAUGUUCCUGAAGGAUUAAAUGAUUUAGUUGAUGCUUUAUCAGAUCCUCGUGCGUUUUUAAGUAAAGAAGAACAAAGAAUGAAACAACUCGCCAGCAUGGGUAUUGAUUCAUCAGAAAUUGCUGAUGUACCGUCAACCGGUGGUGGUGGUAAUGCUAGACGUGUUGGGGGUGGCUGCGGUGUCGGUGGUGCCGGUGUUGGUAGUAGUAGUGGUCUUGGAGGUACUUCUGGACAAUUAGGUGGUUCUAUUAUGUCUAAUAUUUCCGGCUCUGGCGAAACUUCAAAUGUUUCGUCGAAUAGUACUAAAAAAGAUGAAAAGAAAGAUGAUCCUAAAUUUGAUCCGAUCUCGAUCAGUUUAUUACAAACUGAUAAAAUGUAUCAAAAAUUGAUUAAAAAACAGGCAAAAGAAUUAGAAAUUUUACAGAAACGACAAGAAAAAGAUGCUGUCACCAUGCUACGCAAUCAUACAAUCAUUACAGAUAAACUGAAUACAAGCCAUGCUAAAGAACGUUCAAGUACAAAACGAUCAGUGAAUAAGGAAAAUGGACAAAAUGCUGCUUUACAAGAUACGCAUCAUAAUCAGAUGUGUGAACUUGUCCGUCAGCAUACAGAUCAAUGGAGUAAUCUAAAAUCAACACAAAUGAAAGAAGUUUAUGAUUUAGUAUUGAGCUUUUUCGAUUCACGUAAAGAUUUAUUAAUUAAGAUUAUGAAGGAGGUUCAAGAAGAACAGAAACGUGAAUUACGCAUUAUACAAGAUCGUGAAGUGAAAGAAAUGAAAGCACAACAAACCAAAGCUUCAAUUGAAUCAAACCGUUCCGUAAUGAAUGAUCGCAAAUUACGCAAUAAAGCAGAACGUGAUCGUCGUAUACGCGAAUUAAAUGAUUAUAAUACAAAACGAUUUAUAGAUCAACGUAAACUACAAGCUCAACGACAUGAUAAACAAACACAAGAAUUAAAUAAACGUCACACUUUCGAUGAACAAGAAAUCAUCAACGGAAUUAAAAAGGAACGUGAAGAAUUUAUCCGUAAAUAUGAAGAAGAUCUUUUAGCUCUGAAACGUGCAACGGUCAUCUAG